AUGGUUUUUCGAUUUAAUUUAUUUUGGGUUGGCAUUAUUUUAUGGCAUAUUUUUUUUGUAUAUAUGUAUAAUUGCAUAAAAAUAAAUAACUACAAUAAUAAGCUGGCAAAUCAGAAAUUGAUGAACAUAUCUACAAAUGUAGAAUCGAGAGGAAUAAAUAAAAAUAACAAUGAUAGAAAUGAAAUAAAAAAUAAGAAAAAUAUAUUUGGAAUAAAUAAUUCAAAUAAAUGUAAUAUAAUGAUUAGCUGUUAUGAUAAAGGUGGUGUGUUUGAUCAGAAUUUUUUUUUAUUAAUAGAAGAGAAAAAUAAUAUUAAAUUUGUGAAGGAAGAGAUUGAAAAUAUAUAUGGAAUACCAAUAAAAUUCCAAGAAAUAAUUUAUGAAAACCAAAAAUUAGAUGAUAAUAUAACAAUAAAAAAUUUAAUAAAAGGAAAAAAUAUUAAGUUAUUAAAUUUUCGUCUAAUUUCAAUUUUACCUCAUUUUUUCAGUGAAACAGAUGAUGAAAUAGACAAAAAAGAUAUAAAUAUGGAAAAAGGAAAUAAAAAAAUAAAAAUAUUAAAAGAAAAAUUAAAACAUUAUGGAUGUAUAACAUUAUUUAAUGAAUAUAAAAAAUUAUUAGAAAAAUUCAAAAAUAAUAUGAUAAAAAAAGAUAUCGAUGUUGUAGAAUUUUUUAAAUCUUUUGAUAAAGAAUUUGAGAAAUUGUUAAAUAAUAAUAAUAUAAGUUUGGAAAAAAUAAAAAAAGAAAUAGAAAAUUUGAAAUAUUUUGAUAAAAAAAAAUUAUUAUUAAGAUUAGAAAUAGAUUAUCCACAUAUGGAUAAUUUAUUAUUAAUAAGAAUAAAAGAAUUAAUUAAAUUUUAUUAUUUAGGAGAUAUACAAUCUGUAAUUAAAUUUUCACUUUUUUUUUAUAUUCUAUAUAAAUAUGCAAAUUAUCCAAAAAAAAUUAAAAAAAUAUUUUUAUAUUUGUCUUUAUUAUUUUUAUUGGCCCCUUGUAAACCAAUAUAUAAAUUUUCUCAUUUUCUUUUUUUUUCAAUUCCUAAAAGUUUCUUAUAUUCAGGGUUGACAAAUAUAUUAUCUGCAUCCUAUCAGCAAAUAUUAAUGUGUCAAUAA